AAAAAUUAAAAAUAUAAAGAUUUUUCUAAAUAAAGAGAAAUAUUUCAAAAAUUUAUUAAAAAAUAAAUAAAAAGAUUAUAUUAUAGAUAAAUAGUUAAAAGUUCGAAAAAAAUUGAGAAAAUAUAGUUAAAUAUCUUAAAAAAUAAGAUUAUUAUUAUUAAAGAUAUGAUUCAGAAUGAGAGCAAGCCAAAUAAGUUUAAUGAAGGAGCUCCUAUAGAAUCAUAUGAAAUUUUUGAUGAUGAAUAUGAAAAUUCGGCUCAAUCAGUUGAUUCUGAUGAUAGUUUAAUUAUUUUUACAAAAGAAGCUCCACCUACUUCACUAUUAUCAAGAAAAACACUUGAAAAUGGACAAUUCGUUGAAGAAAUUAACCAAGAAAAAAAACAAUCACAAAAAAAAAGUAAAGAAAACAUAAAAUACCAAUUAUUCUCAAAAGAUGAGCGAGAGAAACCUCUAAGAGUGUCGGAUGAUAUAUGUAUUUUAACUCCUUAUUCAAUAGAAGAAAUACCAGAUUCAGAAGAUGACAAUUCAGAAAUAUUUUUGGAAAAUGAAGAAAUAGAGUUUUCAAAGGCUUAUGUAGAUAAUAAUACUCCGAUACGAAGUAAUUUAAAAUACUUUGUGAACUCGGAAGAUAAUGCUAUUAUGAAAGAUCAAACGACUACAAAAAAUGAAUCUUUAAUACAAUAUCCAGAUCGACCUUUGCCUUGGAAAAAGCCGGAAGCCCUCGGUACAUUGAAUAAUCCAAUAGAUCUUUCGAAAGACUUAUCAGGACACUUUCCUCCUCCCAUGCCUCUUCCUUAUUCAAAGUAUGAAUAUCAAAAUUCUAUAUUUCAAGAAACAAAUAUUUCUUCAUCAUAUCCACGAAUACUAGAUACUAAUAAGGAAAUAAUGGCAUUAUUUGAUAAUAUAUAUUCGAUGAAUGAAUCCAAAAUCAGAGAAGGGACACCAAAAAGAUUACUUCCUACACUUAUGGAACAUCAAAAAAUUGGCUUGAGUUGGAUGAAAGAAAAAGAAGAAGGGACUAAUAAAGGAGGAAUUCUGGCAGAUGAUAUGGGUCUUGGGAAAACAAUACAAGCUUUGGCAUUAAUUGUUUCAGAAGAUGAAAAUAAAAUGGGAACUACUCUUAUUUGUACUCCGGUAUCUCUUUUGCAGCAAUGGGCUCGAGAAAUCCGGACAAAAACUAAACCUCCCCUUAAACUAUAUAUUCAUCACGGUAAUUCUAAGCGUAUAAUUCAACCAUCUGAACUAAAUAAAUAUGAAAUUGUUCUUACUACAUAUGGAACUGUUGUACGUGAUCAUAAGACUCUUAUUAAACUCCAAAAGGAUCCUGAUCAUUCCACAUAUAUGCUUUAUAAACCUGCAUUUACUUUAUUAGAGCAUCAUUGGCACCGAAUAAUUUUAGAUGAAGCACAAGUAAUUAAAAAUAGACAUACCUUAUCAGCUCAAAGCUGUUACAAACUUCAAGCUACUUAUCGUUGGUGUUUAAGUGGAACACCAAUGCAGAAUUCUAUAGAUGAACUUUAUUCAUUGAUAUGUUUUUUACGUAUUAAACCAUAUGAUGACUGGUCUACAUUUUCAAAUCAUUUUUCUAAGCACUUCAAUAGAUAUUCCUGCUCUAAUUAUAUAAUGAAAUCUAUGAAAAGAUUACAAGUAUUGUUAAAAGCUACUCUCUUGAGGAGAACAAAAACUUCUACUAUUAAUGGAAAACCCCUUUUAACAUUACUCCCUAUAAACAUAGAGUUAGUUUAUACCAUAUUUAGUGAUGAAGAACAUGCAUUUUAUAAAAAACUCGAGGCACAGACACAAUUACAAGUAAGUCAUUAUGUUAACGAAAAUGUCCUUGGUUCUCAUUAUACGAAUCUGCUUGUCCUUUUGUUGCGUCUUCGUCAAGCAUGUGAUCAUCCAUGGUUAGUUAAAAUUAAAGAAUCGACCGAAAUAUCAGAAAACGAUUUAGAGAAUCAAGAAAAGCUUGCUCGUGAAAUAUUUGCUCAACAAGUUCAAAAUAUUCAAAGACUUAAAGAUUUCGAAUGCCAUGUAUGUUAUGAAGUCAUUCUUUCACCGAACUUUAUUGUACCAUGUGGGCAUUAUUAUUGCAGAGAUUGUAUUAUUAGAGUAAUCGACCAAAGUCAAAAAACUUCUAUUAUGAAUGGCAAUGUUACAUUAGAUGCUCGAUGCCCGGAAUGCAGAUGUAUAUUCAAUAUGAAAAAAGUUAUUGAUUUUUCAGUAUUUAAAAAAGUUUAUAAUUGGAAUUAUGAACCUAAUUUUAUAAAAGAAGAUAAAGUUUCUGAUGAAGAAACAGAUGAUGAAGAUCUUACUGUUAUAAAAGAUAAAGGCAAGCAGAGAGCUGUUAUUGAUAAUAAAUUUGCUGUUAAUGAUUUGGAUGUAAAAUUAGCAUGGAAAAGAAUAUUUAAUCAUAAAUUUAUUAAACAAACGAAAAAUAAAUUUCAUCAACACUUGGAGAAAAAUAAUGAUCAGUUUAAAUCGUCUGCAAAAAUCGACAAAUGUAUUGAAAUAUUAGACAAAAUAAAACAUAAUAAUAGUUUAGAAAAAACAAUUGUUUUUUCUCAGUUUGUAGAAUUUUUAGAUCUUCUUGAGAUUUCUCUUCUUCUAAAAGGAUACAAAAUAUUACGCUAUGAUGGACGAAUGAGUGCAAUACAUCGAGAUCAAUCAUUAUUCAUGUUUGACCAAGAUCCUACACAUACUGUUAUGUUAAUAUCCCUUAAAGCAGGAAAUUCCGGUCUAAAUCUAGUUUCCGCCUCACAAUGUAUUUUACUUGAUCCAUUUUGGAAUCCUUUUGUAGAAGAACAAGCUAUUAACCGCAUACAUAGAAUAGGACAAACAAAACCCGUUCAAAUUUAUAAAUUAGUUAUUAAAGGGACAGUAGAACAGAGAGUUUUAGACCUCCAAAAACGUAAACGUGAUCUUAUAGAAAAUGCACUAGAAGAAAAUGCUUGCAUGCAAAUAAGCAGACUUAAUAAGCAGGAACUAUCAUUUUUAUUUGGUCUUCAAAAUCCUUAA